AUGGCGCCGCAGUGCGGGGUCUGCGUGACUCCUCGCGAAGAUGACCUGGACAAUCUGCACCCAAAGCUGGAAGGGCCUCACAUGCACCAGUUGCAGGAGCAAGGUAAGUUGAAGCUACUCACCCUCUUGCAUGAGCUGGCGGAGCGCAAGAAGGGGUCGCAAGAGACGGAGGCAACGAAGGGCCACGUGGAUUGCAAGCCCUGCGCCUUCCUCGCCAGCAAGAACGGUUGUCGGAAUCCAUCUUGCGAGUUCUGUCAUGCCACGGUACACAUCCAGCAUCAGAAUGACGCAAGGCAAGAGGCCAGAAGGCGGCGCUCUUCCCGACAUCUGGCCGACUUGAAGCAGCUGAAGGAGAAGAAUCGGGAGAAGAGUUGA